AUUAGUUUUAGUCGUCUCUAACAGGGCACUCGUAUCUCACGACGCAUUAGAUAUCGAUCGGGCUUAGUGCUGGAGUAUUAAGCCAAUUUUCGCAGUACGUUCCCUUUGCCCAAGCCAGCGUCAACAUGGAAACACGGUUAAUUCUUUUUCUUCUUCUGCUGUGCGCGGAGUUCGAUCACCAAGGUAUUUAUGUUGUCAUAGCAUCCUAACAUUAACUUGUGAAACUAGUGGUAUGUUAUGCUCUUAUUCGCUAACUCAGUAGAAUAAAGUAAUUGAAGUCGUUAUUUAAGAAAAAUCAUUUCCAAAGACUUGGGCUGAAAGUAAUGGUUACAAGAAUACUUCAAUACAAGAGAUUUGUCUGAGAAAAGCCACUAACUCGCUUUUUAAGUAAUCAUGCAAGUAUACUGACUUAGAAAUGUUUAAAAAGGCCGACCGACCUUGUUUAAACAAAUUAAAAGACCUUUGUUAAACCUUUUGUCGAUUUUGCUGGCGGCAGACGGUUGUCGAGAACCUUCCAGUUUUAAAUUAGGGUACUGAAGAUAACAAGAAGCAUAAGUUCAUAAAUCAAAGAUAUCAAGAAACGAGGUGGUCAUCAAAAGACAGCUUCCAUUAAAAUCAUUAUGCUCGCACUUAAGAAUUUUAAUCGUCGACUCAAGAGCUAUGAGACAACUACCCUGAUUUUGUCACGUUUUAAAAGUUUUUUAGCAGGCCACACUGUACAAAUGCUUUAAUUAUAGAUGUUGUUUUGAGGUUGCGGCAAAACUGUACUAGUGAGACUUUUUUACCACACCACAAAAACAGUUCCCGCUGUGAAUUUAUACAACUAAUAAAUCUAAGAUUCAAUCAUGUGCCAGUUAGUCUGCUGCACAGCCGUUUUUAGAGGGUUGUGUAGCAGACUAUCUAGCAGUCGACUGUUUCCAGAGUUUUUAAUUUUUUUUUCUAUCUCUUCUCUUUGUUUCAUAAAAACUAUCCCAAAUCAUAGUUUCUACGGCCAGGUCAACUGUGCAAUUACAAGACGUACACAAAAUCCAAAAUGAAUAACCAAUUCGAUUUUGAGGCAAAUACGUAUACAUGUAGUUGGCUCCUUUCGAGAGCAGGCUAUUGCUUUCCCUUAAAAAAAUAAUUAACUUUGAGCGGUAAAGGACAAUUUUAAUUCCAUCUCGACCUAAGAAUUUUGACUUAAAAUUAAUUUAAGCAAUUUAUUUUCAUGUUAAAUGGUUGCCGCUGGAAAUAAUAAAAAAAGACUUUAAUUACCAUCAUAUAUUUUUAAUCUGGCAGCAUCAGGCGAAUGUACAGUCGGGAUGCUUUGUUUGCUGUGACUGUAAUUUUUGAUGAAUUUCCAUCUUGGUUAGAAUCUCUUUUCAACUGAAAUUGGUUUUGCACGAUUAGCGGAUAUACAUCGGCUAGUUACCAAUCAGAGCGCCAAUCGAAAAACUGAUCGAUAAUCGUUAGUGGGUGCAUAUAACAUGAAGGAUGCCUGGGGAUCAAAGAGGGCCAUGAACUAUGGCCACUAACAAAGCUACCUUUGAAAGGGAAAUGUGUCCACUUAACUCACCUUGUGGUUUUCACCUAAAUGUACCAACAACGGCGUUAGGGUUUUUGAGUGUGAAAUAUUUUUCGUGAGUUACACUUGAAAUGUGAAUAGACUUUUUCGCCACCAGCGCGAGUCCCAGCUCCUUCCUGGUAAUCAGACUGGAUUGAAUUCUCCCUUGACGAAUUACAGUCGCUGGGACAGCGAGUGCCGGCAUGCGCAAACGCACCCUUAUCUGAGUGCCGAGAUCUCCCGCUGUUAGUAGGUUGGGCCCAUCUGCCUGCCUGUGGGAGAUCUGGGUACGAGAUUACCAGUCGGAGAUUGUUGCAUAGCUUUUAAAAGGGACCCCGAAAGAUUAUUCUAUCCCUUAAUCCUACUCUUCUCUUCUCCCGUCCAGUUAAGGCCUGGCAUUGCAGUUCUUGUGAGGUAGCAUACAAGGCGAAGGGAUGUUUCCAAGACAGUCCCAAUCGCGUGCUUAAGGAACAAGUGUUGAACGAAAGAGAUAAGACUAGCAAGGUGUAUGGCGGGCGAAUGAUCAACUGGAGGGAUUGGAACAACUACAUGCAAGGGUUUGCUUGUCGAUGCGCAAAGAUUGUUAAGGCGAAGGGUUACAAAGUGUUUGGAUUACAGUUUUAUGGUAAGGGCUUUAAAUGAGUGAUUACAAACGAGCCCGCAUAUUUCUUAUAACUGAUGUAUACUUUUAGAAGAGGACUCAGUUUGGAUUGCUCGGCACACAAUGGGAUAUUAACUAUAGCCUCAUAAGCCAUAACUUUGUACCUUUUACCACAUAAAAGUACUACUUAGUAGCUUUUCAUUUGCUUGGUCAUAUUCAUUGACAGACUCAAAAGUUAAAACCACGGUUUCACAACAUAAAAAACAGUACCAUAGGAAACUCAGUAGCUUUCAUUUUAAUUGUAAGUAUCAUAGGAUUUCAUUCACAGACUCAAGUUGAGACCACCUUGAAGUGCCGCAUAGUAAACAGCACUUCACAAAAUACUGUUCCAUGGUUUUAAUCUGAACGGUCACACACUAGGAUUCAGUUCUCCACGAACUCAAAGCUACUAAGAACUUUCUCUUGUGUACAGGUUCUCCUUGAGUGUUCAUCUGCAAAAGUUAAGGUGACGUUGAUAGGGGCCGGAAGCUUCUUUUUAGAGAAAAAUUAACUUCUCUAGCGAGGAGGGGUUAAUAGUCUGAUUGGUUAAAGCAUUAUUUUUUGGCCUGUUUCAGGGGAGUGUUGGAGUGGACAGCCAGGUUCUUAUAACCUGAAAACUGUUAUGACAAAGGAGUCCUGCAUAUCAGACAACUACGCGAAAUGCAAUCGUUUUGACCGGCACUGCGUUGGACAACAAUGGACAAACUUUGUUUAUGAACUGGGUAAGACACAAAUCGUCUGUAGUUUAUUAGCAACAACGACGGCUACGAAAACGUCACUUAAAAAGCGAAUUGACGCUGCUUCAAACUUUAUCGCACUUAUUUCAUUUCAUUUAAAAUUACUUUGUCAAGUGUUGGCAAUCGUUUUGAAGUGCAUGAAUUCUAAAGGACUUUAUCAAAGUUCAGGAAAAGAAAAAGGAAGUUGUUGUCUGGUGUUCCCGUCCUCGACAAAAAGAGAAUUUAGGCACUUUCACGUUGUAGUCGUGCACGCGAAAGUAAAGAAAUGUACAAAAAAGCGUGAUGCACGUGCAAAGUUGUUGUUUUGCUUAUCUAAACCUAUUGCUUUUUGCCGUUUUCGUUGCUUAAGCUCCCUAAUAAACUAUCACUUUCUCGGCAAACUUUCUCGCGAUGACAUUGCACCAACGUCAUGAUUGGACAAGAACAACGUCCAAGACGCCUAAAAAUUAGCAAUUUGGAAUAAACCCAAAUUAAAUCCUUCUAAAUCUUACCCGGUUCCCCAAGCCAAAUUUAGAAGGAUUUUGUAUGGAAUUUAAACCUAACUCGACAUAGUUCGGAAAUCACUUCGGUACUCUAUUGCACCGAACAAGAGCAGUAUUUUCAAAUGCCGAUAUUUUCGAAUACUUUCCUAAACAAGAUGUAAUUCAGAUUCUACAUUCUCAGAUGUAAUUCUCCAAUGUUCAUGAUCAGUAGCCUGGGUUAAAUGUUAAGAUUCAUAAGAUUGAACGGAUCAAAACACUGUCGAAAAUGCUUUGAAGAUUAUCCGAUGGAAAGUUUAGAGGCUUGAGAGAUUCAUUUCCUUUGAGGCUCAGUUAUUAGGUUUACACUGGGGGACAAUAAGUACGCCAUAAUAUAACCUGCAUAACGGGCACUUUAUAAGCCAAGCGAGGCGAACGCGGCAUUUUGCACGAAGCGCGAGACGAGGGGAGGAGCAGGCGCUUUGUUUUUCUGCUCCCCUCGUCUCGCGCUUCGCCCAAAAUGCCGCGUUAACGUCGAUUUGCUCAUAAAGCGCCUGUUAUGCAGGCUAUAUUGUGGCGUACUUAUUGUCCCUCGCUUAGCUCAUGCAUGCAGGUUUGCCACAACAUCGUUCAUUCGCUGAUGAUGAUUCACUGAGCAUGCUUUUUUAAAAUCUCUAUUGUGAUUUAGAAUCUGACUGUGGUUUGGACUUUGAACGAUUGGGCUGCUUCAGAGACAAUAAACAAGAACCACGCCCAAUUCCCAGUUACAUGAUGACGGACAGAGAGCCGAGGCUUAAGAUCUACAGCGGCCAGUCAAUUGACUGGCGAAACUGGGAUGUAUAUUUGCCUGAGUUCGUCUGCCGGUGCGCCAAGCUGGCGAAACUAAAAGGACACUCUACAUUUGGAGUGCAGUACUAUGGUGUGUAUUAAGUGAUAUCAUCCUUUUGGUUGUUUAGCUAUUGCCGUAGAUAAGCGGCGGGGAGGUAAAUAUUUAUGAUAUUGUUAACCUCGUCCUAAGGCCUUCUUGUUUUCCAACAUGGCGGCUGCAGUUUCGAGAAGAGGUUGUAUACUUACUCUGUGGGUCUGAAGUAUACAGCAACUUAAAUUAAUCAGAUACGAACAGUGGCUGAACGUUUAAGUAGGUCAUCGGAACACAAUCUGGGGCACUUGCCAUAAAAUUCUCGAACGACCCGACCUCAGCGCUUUGUAUGGAAAACGGUCUUUUCGCUCAAAAGUCGAUCCGACUACACUGAGGUCGAUUCGCCUACAUGAUUUAAGUAACGAGUUUCGCCCACACUGAAGUUUAUGAAUCUAAUAAUAGUGUUGUAUAAAUGGGAGUAAAGCUUACCAAAGACACUGGCAUGUUUAAACUAUAUAUUUAUUGUAGUAUCAACCUAAUAUCGCGAAUUUCUAACGCAAAUGUGUUCUUUGCGAAUCGACCUUAAGUAAAUGGGCGAAACAACUUCAAAUCGACUUCUGUAUGGGCGAAUCGACUUGUAGGCGAAACGACCGACAUUUCCUUUUUAUGAAUCGGAGUAGUGGCGGCUGACAUUACCAACUCCACCCCAACUUUAUCUGAUAUUCAACUACCUUUCUUUAUUAGGAGAAUGUUGGAGUGGUCUGCACUCACAAGAUACCUACGAUAAGUUGGGCUUCUCAAACAACUGCGUGGAUCACUGUUUUGAGAAGUGCAGACCUUUCGAAAAAUUUUGCUCGGGAAAGAACUUUGCCAAUGCGGUUUAUCGACUGUCGGGUGAGUAAGACUUUUCUCAUUACUACAUACUUAUUUUUAAAACACAUAAUAAAAUUCUAACAUCAAAUUUCAACAUUUCACGCCGUCCAUUCCUAUUCAUUUGUGGCUCAUGUAGCUUCAUUUGCUUACGCCGAUAUGGAGCGUGACGUCAAGUCAGCCAUAUUGGUGUUCCAAACCAAUCUUUUGCAUGGGAGUGGAACUUUUUUUUCAGGUCAACACGUUCUUUUGUUCCAAAAAAUUUGCACAGACGCUGGUCACAAGAGUAAAAACACUUUAUUCCGUUUCCUCAGAGUUCUACUGCAAAUUUAUAAAGCUUUAGCUCGUACAAAGGUGACAUCAACGAUAAUUGCAGAAAACGAGUGAAAACAAUGUCUUUUUAUGCGUGUAUCUUACAUUUCGAAACAUUUCUCUGCCAUUUUUGUUCUCUUCACCUAUGUCUCGGGUGUAAUGGCUGCUAAAGGGCGAUAGAGAAAAGCUGCUGAGGGUGGAAAUAGAUCCAUAUUGAAGCCAAUAUUGAAGCAGACUAUUACUUGGUACUAGCUCUCUACAGCACAUCAGGGUUCUUUUACUCUUCAGAUGCCCCAUGCGAGAUUUCUUAUCAAGCUGUUGGUUGCUAUAGUGAGGAUUCUUCCAAUCGUGCGUUUGCUGAAGAACUCUUAAACCAGAUAGACCCAGCCGAUCAAAAGUUCAAUGGAGUUAUGAUGGAAUAUGGUGAUAACUGGCAAAGAGAGUUCGCGAAAUUCUUAUGCCGAUGCGCUCGUGAGGCACAUCACAAGGGUUACACAAUGUUUGGCGUACACGAACAUGGUAAGAAAAACAGUGUAGAAAAUUUUAAGGGGGCAGUGUGCGUUCUUAUCUGAAGUUGUCAACGACUCGCAUGUAUCACUGAACAUUACCUCAACCCUUCUUCUUACUGGCUUGGAACUUGAAGUUACUGAAUUAAAGUUGAAAGGGUGGCCUGACUAAUUUUUAACCGGUCGUCUCGUCACGCAACGCUUCUAGGAGCGCGUGACGACACAAAGAAUGGCUGCAUAAGAGACUGCUGGAUUACCCCUGAGAUUGAAUCAGGCGCUUAAAAGGGCAUAUGACACUAUUUUUCUUUGCAGGAGAGUGCUGGAGUGACGCCAAUGCCGAACAAAAAUACAUCAAGUAUGGCUCGUCAGAAAGAUGCUUCCAGAAUUACAACCAAACUUGUCCCCAGGGCUCAAGCCCUUGUGCUGGAGGAGCGGAUGCUAAUUUUGUGUAUAGGAUUGAUGCAAGUAAGUGAGCAUUAAAUGUGCGGCAGAAUUUUGAAAAAAAAAUACACAGUAAACUCCCAGCCUACCUCCAGUAGCUGAUUGGUUAAAGGGGUCCGAUCGAGAACGCAGAGGGGCGUGGCAUGAGUGUGAGUCAUGGCACAGGAUGCUUUUUUGAGAAAGAAAACGGUACAGUGGCGGAUCCUGGGGAGGGGCCCGGGGGGCCCGGCCCCCCCAUAUUUUUAGACCAAAAUGAGGCCCGAAGGGCCGAAAAAAAAUUUUUUGAGGCCAGCCCCCCCCCUUAUAUCAGGGUCUGGGUGACCGCCCCCCCCCCCCCCCUUAUCUGAAGGUCUGAAUCCGCCACUACAUACAUACAUAAACUUUAUUUAUCCUCGGAUUUUAGUGUAGCUUACAUAGCUAGUAUCUCCGAUCCUAACUAAUUUUAAAAGUUACAACAUAUAUAAUAUAAUAUUAAUUAAUGUAGUAUUAACUAAAACCGUGCACUAACAAUUUGCGCUUAAAUUCACUAUAAUCUACAGUCUUUCUAAAGUGAUCAGGUAGAGAAUUCCAGUACUUAACAGAUGAAUAGCUAAAGGAACUUAGACCAUAUGUGGUUGUAGACGGCUUAGGAAGUGAUAAAAUAUUAGUACCCCGUAGGGAGUAAGCAGUAGAUCUUAACUUGAUCAGUUGUUUUAAAUAGCAUGGAUAUUUACCAAAAUGGAGACAUUUGAAUAUACAAAUCAUCAUAUUUUGUAUCCUCCUGUUGGCUAAACCACACACACCAGCCUUGUCUAGAAGAGCAUCAUAGUUCGAGUCCCAGUCCUUUACAACAAAUCUUAAAAUACGUCUAUUUACACUGCGGUAUUGACAUGGGGUGGAGAUUACAGAAGUUCGAAACUGGCAGGAUUGUCGUGAAAAAGGAGCGUGAUGCGGAAUCUGAACCCCCUUCUAGACUUCGUUCGGUUUAGUAAAAGCCUGCCCCAUAGUUAUUGAUAACGUUUUAACUCCUUUCUGUUUUUCUUGCUUGAACCUAUUUUUAAUUGAAUGUUUUUGCGCUAUUGAACAAGCAAUUGCUAUACAACAUCGAACAAUUUUUUUUCCACAAUUUUAUUGUUUCCAUUUCUCUCUUUGUAGGAAAUCGGCGUUCAGGCAUCGAGAAGAACGAUGUCUCGUAUGUGCUGAACAAAGAUUUUCGCCUGUCGAGUCUUCUUACUGACGCAGCUGCUGAAGCAUUGGCACGUAAAAGGGAGAUAACUCCUGUCUCACAAUAAAAACGCCAGCCAGAUGUUCCAUACUGAUGUAUUUCACUACUCAGAUCUGGGUGGGAAUUUUGCUCCAACCAAUCACAAGCACUAUGCGAAACGACCAAUCAGAAGCACUUUCCAGAUCUGGGUAGUGAGACGUCAUCAGUAUGGAAUUUCUGCGCUCGUUUCUCAGACGUCAUUUCGCGGAAGAACCAAUGAUGGCUUCGCAAAAUGUCGGCUGUUUUCUCCGGCUAGCAUUUACAAUUUGUUGUUUUUAGAACCCUGUCAGUUCUCUCGAUUUAAACAUAAAGCUUUCAACAGAGAAACAGUGAAGUGUCUACUCUCAGGGGCGGAUCCAGGAUCUUUUUUAGGAGGGGGUGCACUCGUCUCUUGCUCUACUUCAACACCAAUAAACCACAUAG